GCCAUGUCGGCAUCGCUGCUGCGCCGCGGCCUGGAGCUGCUGGAGCCGCCGGGCCGGGCGAAGGCGCCGCGGGGACUCCAGCAAGGCCGGGAUGGCCCCAGGACGACGGGCGCGGCGAGGCGGAGGAAGAGAGCACUGGAGGCCGGCAGGAACAAGGCCACGGUCAAGGGCAGGGUCGUGAAGUCGGCGAUAGAGGAGUACCACAAGAAGAAGCCUGUGAAUCACUUGAGAGAAAACCUGCGGUACAUGUUAAAGGGACGACUUGUUGCAGACAAAGCUGUCACAGAACAAGUUCUUGCUCAGAACAGAGGCAGGAAGUCCAAAGAUCAGCCUCCAGAGAAGACAGAAAAGAAGAAGCCCGAAGGCACAGUGUUUACUGAGGAAGAUUUCCGUAAAUUUGAGAGGGAAUACUUUGGUGUCCCAUAAGCGUUGUGACAGGGAUUCUUGCAGCUCCAAUCUUUCUGCAGCUUCUCCGGUCUGGCUUGCAGGCCUGAGCAUUUCCUUGGCGUGUUUGAGAUGGCACAUGGGGCAUGUGCCGCUGCCAGCAAGUGCCUCUGUGUCAGACUUGCAGAGCAGCUCUGCAUCUGGGCAGAGCUUGUCACUAGCCUGCUAAAGCCACAGAGAUGCUCUUGGCUCCGAGGUGUGUUUUCCUUAUAAUUAUCUUCCUGCAGCCAGCGUGUCUUGCAUUCUUGAUAUAGAAGAGUGGACCAAGCCAAAUAAAAUCCUUUUUCCCCUUCCCCAGGAUAUAAGACUCCUGCUACCAGUGUUAUUUGGCAGGGAGCAUUGAAAAUACUGUAUCUGAAUGGAGAAAUGUUUUGUACUGGGAUUAAGAAGGGAAUGAUGCUUUGAAAGACUGUUAAACUUGAGUAACUCUGCAGUUUGGGUUCUUACUACAGCCCCUGUCAGGUCUGUCAGUCAUUGCAAAAACUUUUUGUAUGUCAUUUGAUUAAAUAAUUGUUGCAGACACUGUC